AUGGACUUCGAAGACUCUGCGGGAGCCCAGAAAGGAAGCAGCUCCUUUGCACAGCUCCUCGAGACCUGGAAGGAGCGCAGCCGCGGAAGCGCUCCUGUGUUUCCACCCACCGCAAAGGCGUCUUCCGCUCAUCAUGCUGAUCACCCAGCAUCAACGCCUGAUUCCGUCGGGAGAGAGCUGGCGAGCAUUCCUGCGCAGGACAGAGGGCGCCAACUGUCAUCCUUUUCCCGUCCAAACCUCGAGGUACAGGUUUGCUUGGCACCGCUGAGGCGCGUCCCGAUGCUGCAGGACAUCCGCAUCCAUCUCAACGCGCGGCAGUCUCUGCCGUCUCUGGAGAUGCUGCAGGGUACGGCCAUGCCUCGCGCUGUGGCCGACGUUGCACAGGAGCUCGUCCUUCAGCCGCUGAUGCCAUGUCUCCAAGGACGGCGCUACCAAGUUCAGAUCGUUACCCGUGAAGUCCAGCAGGUUCUGCACUUGACAUAUACCCGGCCCACGAACGAAGAGGACAUGGAUAUGCCUCUGCACGAGGGGGUGAUGACUGGAUCCGGGAACGUGCGGUGCGUCGCUGCAACCACCCUGAGCCGCUUCCUUAGGUGUCUGGCCGGGAUCUGUUGCUAA